AUGCCCGAUGUUCGACCGUCGAUCGAUGGAAUAAUCGGUCGAAGUGGUGUACCUUCCUAUGAAUUCAUUCGAAUACAAAAAGUUGUUUGUAGAAAUGAACUUGAUCGUCUAAAACGUUACGAAAAUCACUUAGCAAUACUUAAUUCACAUAAGGAACGACGAUCAUAUCCACAAACAUUGUCAUACAUGCCAAAAUCACCGCUUGGAGCAGAUGAUGAUAAUUUUUUAACUGUUGAAGAAUUGUCGACAACAGCUAAUUGA